UUGGUGUGGCGGCGGUAAUUAUGCUUGCUAGCUGAGAGAACUAGCAGCUGAGAAGCAACUUCAUACUGUUUGUCGAAGUGUAGUAACUGAAUAUUACCGAUGUACAUCUGAGUCUGUGUUUGUUAGUUGUCCUGCCUCUGCAUAGGUUUAAAAUGUUUGCCAGCAGCACAGAGGAGGUAACUGAUGGUUACGCCUCAGCAUGUGAACAGUCGUGGGGUACUGUACCUAAGGACAAAAGUGGACUGAACGAAACCUCCUCUUGUGUCACAGCAGCUUCCUCUGCUUCAUCAAAGCAAAGUUUAAAUGAGGGCAGUACGAGCUCCCGCCACGGCCCAUCAUCUGGAACGGCCUCAGGUCAAUUACCGAGCAGCUGUAGAAUAGGCAAGCCAGCUUCAUUGCUCCUUUCAUCUUGUUCAGAGAGCUCAUCUUUCCACAGCCGUGGAGGAACGCUGAAACAUAGAAGGACCCCAGGGUCUGCUGGGGCACCUACUGGAACAAGUUGCUCAUCUGGAUCCACAAACGCUGGUGCUUCUGUGGUUGUGGUAGUAGUUGAAGGACGCGGCUUAGCCAGAGGAGAGAUUGGCAUGGCUAGUCUCGAUUUGAAAUGCCCAGAGCUUGUUCUCUCUCAGUUUGCAGAUACAGGAACAUAUGCCAAGGUCACAACCAAGAUUCACAUCUUGGUCCCAGUGGAAAUACUGAUGCCAGACACAGCCAGUGAGAAGGGGAAAGGAACAAAGCUGUUCAAUCUCAUCACUGAGAAUUUUCCGGGUGUACCUUUCACUCCAGUGCAAAGGAAGUAUUUUAAUGAGAAGAAAGGGCUGGAGUACAUUCAGCAGCUGUGUGCCCCAGAAUUCAGCACUGUUGUUAUGGAAGUUCAAGCUAAGUACUAUUGCCUAGCAGCUGCAGCUGCUUUGCUGAAGUACUUAGAGUUCCUCCAGAACUCUGUCUACGUUGCCAAGUCCCUUAAAGUGAGCUUUAAAGGGAGUGAGCAGACAGCCAUGAUUGACUCAGCAUCUGCCUCUAACUUGGAAUUGGUGGUUAAUAAUAGAAACUACAGGAGUGACCAUACUCUUUUCGGGGUACUCAACCACACAAAAACACCUGGUGGUGCCAGAAGGUUGCGCUCCAACAUUUUGGAGCCUCUAGUUGAUGUGGAAACAAUCAACACUCGCCUGGACACCAUACAAGAGCUGCUGGAAGAUGAGGAGCUUUUCUUUGGCUUAAAGAAUGCCAUAAGUCAUUUCGUUGACAUUGAUCAGCUGCUCUCAGUUCUCGUCCAAAUCCCAAAGAAGGAAACAUUUCAAGUCGCUGAAGCAAAGAUUGCACAUAUCAUUCAGCUGAAAUACACACUGGACCUGGUGCCGAGGUUAAGGAUGUUGCUGAAGAACGGGAACACAGCUCUGCUCAAGGCAUAUAGUACAACACUUGAGGAUAACAGGUUUGACAUGAUACUGGAGCAGAUCAAGACUGUGAUCAAUUAUGACACAACUUACAUCAAAGAUAGCUUUAAAAUGCGCACCCAGAAGUGUUACGCUGUGCGCCCGAACAUCAACAAGUUUCUUGACAUUGCCCGGAAAGCUUACACUGAGAUAGUGGACGACAUUGCAGAGCUUGUGAACCAGCUGGGGGAAAAAUACGGCUUGCCAAUGCGUACUAGCUUCAGCACAGCUCGAGGUUUUUUCAUCCAGCUGAAGCUUGAAGGACUAACCUUACCAGAAGGGAAACUCCCCUCAGAGUUCAUCAAAGUAACUAAGCACAAGAACAACUGUGGCUUCACCACUGCAGACCUGAUGAAGAAGAACAGCCGGUGUGAGGAGGCCCUGAGGGAAAUCUUUCACAUAUCUUAUGUGGUGAUAUGCCAGCUGCUGAGAACUAUCCAUGAGCACAUUCACUGCCUUUAUAAGCUCUCUGAUGCUCUAUCCAUGUUGGACAUGUUGCUGUCCCUGGCAAAUGCAUGCACCAUCUCAGACUACGUGCGUCCAGAGUUUACAGACACAUUGGCCAUCAAACAGGGCCGUCACCCAAUUCUGGAGCGAAUUGGCAGACAGCAGCCCGUAUCGAACAAUAGCUACAUCUCUGAGGGCAGCAACUUUGUCAUCAUAACAGGACCCAACAUGAGUGGCAAAUCCACUUACCUCAAACAGGUGGCGCUAUGUCAGAUCAUGGCUCAGAUAGGCUCGUUCGUCCCUGCUAAGUAUGCUUGUUUUCGUGUUGCUGAUCAGAUUUUCACCAGAAUUGGUGUAGAUGAUGACUUUGAAACCAACUCUUCCACCUUCAUGUUAGAAAUGAAGGAGAUCUCUUACAUAAUCCACAAUGCAAGUGACAAGUCCCUGAUUAUUAUAGACGAGUUGGGGCGUGGUACCAGUGCUGAGGAAGGGAUUGGUAUUUGUCACUCAGUCUGCGAGUUCCUCCUUGGCCUGAAGGCGUUCACUCUGUUUGCUACACACUUCCUUGAGCUGUGCCAGCUGGAGUCUCUGUACCCGAACGUGGAAAACCAGCACAUGCAGAUUCAGCAUACACGCAGUGGUGACACUGGUGCAGAGAGCGUGGUAUACACAUAUUUGCUGAAUCGAGGGUCUUCUGAAGAAAGACACUAUGGACUGAGAGCAGCAGAAAUGACAGCCCUUCCUUCAAGCGUAAUUCAAGAGGCAAAGACAAUUGCUUCAAAAGUUAGCCAGCAGUUUUUGGCUAGACAUCACACUGAUCCAGAAACUCAGAGGCAGCGAGCUGUGUACCACCUCUCCACACGCCUGCUUCAGACUGCUAGAAACUCAAGACUAGACCCCGAUAGCCUGCGGAUGUAUCUGAAAGGGCUAAAGAAGCAGUAUGAGGCAGAGCUUCAGACUGCAGGACAAGCAGUGGCUGCAGCGGAGCAGUGACUUAACUCUAAGCCUUUCAGCAUGGAGGAGCUUUUAUACACUUUCUUUUUUGUCUGUGAUCUCGACAUGACACCCUGAGUUUAAAGAUGACCUUAUCUGACAUAAACAGAUAUACAAAUGUUUUUAUAAACUAUGUCAUAAUAAAUAGUUUCUGUGUAAA